AUGCUCUGCACGCUCCGCUUGGAGGUCCUCCUUCUGGGGUGCUCUUACCUCAAGGGGAACCCCCAAAGCCCAGGGCCCCUGCAAAGGCAGUCCCUUGAAUUCACACACCUGCUGGUGGGCCUGGAGGGCUGGCUCCAGCAGCAGCUGGCUGGUGGGAGAGGGACCAAGGGAGGGCUGGAAAACCAGCCAGGCUCUUCCUCCCCAGGCCUCCAUCUGGGCGGACAGAUAAAGCCCCAUCCCUCCACCCCCCCCACCCCACCCCUAGCAGCCGGCCUUUAUCUGGCUUCCGUGGGGAGGGCAGGACGCCACAUUCACACAACCCUUGUGGCUAAGAUGGGACAGGCAGAGAAGGACCACCACCCUUGCGGCCAGGGGGCAGAGGCUCCCGGCUCCUGCAGCCUUGCAACCGAGCCGGGCCUCCCUUUGCUCAGGUCUCUGCCAGCCGGGCUGCCAGCCCUCAGGCAUGCGAUCCCCUUGGAAGGCCCCUUAACCCCAGGGGACUUCCCCCAAAGGACCCUGAAGCGGCGGGGGGGGGGAGCUCCCCAGCCAUCGCAACACCACCUGAGCCGCAGCCUGGGCCUGGAGUGCAGCCAGUGUGCAAGUCAGGAGCAUCAGAGCAAGAUGCUGCAGGGUCUGCUGGCCCCACUCCUCCUGGUUCUCUUUGCUGCUGUGGCGGCAGCCAUGCCUCCCCCAGAGCACUGCGAAUCUGAGAUGAACAAGAUCAAGGAUCUGCUCCAGGUGAGCUGUGUGGGCAAGGGGCUGACCAUCAUUCCCACUGGGUUGCCCAAGGACACGGGGAUCCUGCUUCUCAGCUCCAACCGCCUGGCCCAGGUUACCACAGCCUUCUUCCAGCACCUGCAGCAGCUGAGUGAGCUGGACCUGUCCAACAACAGCCUGGAAGCCCUGGAUACCAGCACACCACUGCCCAAUCUCCAGCAGCUGCUCCUGUCCCAUAAUGGCCUGGAGAGCCUGCCCGCUUUUCCAGGACUGCCCAGCCUGAAGCGCCUGGCCCUGGGGCACAACAACAUCUCCCAGCUGCCCAAGGGGGGCUUCCGCGGCCUGGGCCAGCUGCGUGACCUGGAGCUCCAAGGCAACCGCCUGCAGAGCCUGCCCUCAGGAGCCUUCCAGGGCCUGCGGGAACUGAGGGACCUGGACCUAUCAGAGAACCUCCUGGAGGCGCUGCCCCCAGACCUGCUGGCCGAGCUGCCCAACCUGGAGAUCCUGCGGCUGGAAAGGAAUCGGCUGCGGCACGUGCCAGAUGGCUUCUUUUCUGAGGAGGCCUUGUAUGCCUAUGUCUACCUGGCAGAGAACCCCUGGCGGUGUGACUGCCAGCUGGUGUACCUGCGGGACUGGAUCCUCGAGAAUGAGAUCAGCGUGUACACUCGCACAUCUGUGCAGGAGCAGGGCUCCGAGAAGGUGGUCACGGAGAACGAGCCAGGGAGCGUUCAGUGUCACGAGCCACCCAAGGAGAAAGGCCAGCCUGUCAUGCAUUUCCAGGCUGCCUGCAGGAAACUUGGGGAUGAAGAAAAGAUGGAAGAUGGAGAACACACUGCAGACGACCCUGGGACUCUUGCUCCCACUCCUCCCUCUCUGAAGCCCACCACGGGUGUCCCCCCGAGUACCCUGCUCCCUGCGCCUUCCAGCCUUUCGCACAGCCCCAUCACAGCCAUCACCCCAACCGGUGCUUCUCCCACGACCACAAGCACUUCCACAUUCUCUUCCACCCCCACCAGCCAUGUUCCAUCAACCGCUGUUAAUGUUCCCACGACAAUAACCAUGGCUACUUUCACCCUUUCCACCACUGGUGUCAUUGUGGAGAGGCCAACCGCAACCUCCAGCGUCCCCACACCAGGCUCCUCGACCACCCCCCCCCCAACUGCCCCACCCAAAACCUCCAGCGUCCCUACCGCAGCGACAGCAACCUCCCCCACCGCUUUUGCUCACAGAAGCACUGCCCCGAUGCGCACAGCACCUGUUCCCCAGAGUACUCUGCCUCCGGCAAGGACUGUGGCCAGGCGUCCUCCAAGCACUCUGGCCCUUGUCCCCUCAACCGCGCCCGUCAGAACCUCACCCAGAAUUUCUGCCUCCAUUUCCACCCGCUACCCUUCUCCACCCCCUUCCUCCAAGCCCGCUGUUCACUGCCUCUGCCCUGCCCUGCCCGUCCGGGUUCUUGGAGUGGCCACUCAUAAAGGGUCCCCAGCAAACUGGCCAGCUGGCUAUUGUUGCCUUCUGCGUCUGAUCCUGUAUGUUGUCUGCCUGGCGCUUGUGGCCCUGCCAACCCUGGCGGUGCUCUGCUGGCUGGGCUGGGCCUACCUGAGCUGGUACCAACCAGCUCUGCAAGGGGCCCCUGGGGCACGUCUGGUCGGAAACCAGCAAUGGCAGAAAGUCACCCCAAAAGAAUGGCGGCUGAAGACCGCUGAAGCCCCAAGUCCUAUGGCCGGGCCCCAGAUCUAUCACGUUUGCAAGAAGUUCAGGAUUGGCCCUUCCCGCCACGUCACCUGGCUCCUCAUCAGCCUGCCAGGGUCUGCCAGUGAGUGGCCCUGGGGACGCGGGCAGGACAGGCUCUCCUCCUACAGCUUGGACCGGGGCAGAGACACCAUUGGGGCCGUGAGAGUAAAAUAUGCUGCGGACUCCUUAUAAGGGCCCAGCAAGUCAGAACCCCGAUGAUUGGAAGGCCCAAAUGUCCAAAAGAGGGGGGGGGAGAGUUUGCUUGAAGCACAGGGGGAACUGUCGCCCUCCGGCUCGAGGCCUGCAGUUCCACCUUCCCAUCCACUGGCCAGACUGCUUGCAAUCAGGGGGACUGCCGUCCGACUGGGGCAGGGGACGACCGGUUCCAGGCGCCAGUUGACUGGCCGCCGUGAAGGCACAGGGCCAGAAGAGCCAGGAAAGGCUCUCGCCAGCAUUGCUUACUCUGCUCAGGAGGGCAGCUGCAGAGGCCCAUCCUCAAGCAUUUGACCGGGUGGUCAAACCCAAAUAAGCUGCAGGAUGCAUGUGGGAGAGAGACGUGUCCUCUUCCCAACACGCUGAACUCAAACGACCUCAGCAGCAGUUCUGGCAGCUCUUGCUCCACAAAUCUUGCAACCGCCCUCUCCUUUCCGCUCCCGUCCCUACUGCCUCCCUCUAUCGUUGCUAUUAGAUUGACGUCCCGUCUUAUUUUGGACAACUCAAGGCAGUGCAUGUAACGCUCCGGCCUCCUAUUCUCACUGCAACAGCA